UGCCGUCACCGCGGCGCUGCUGGACAGAGAGAGUCGGUCCCAACAACAAGCCGCUGGAUGAAGACGAGCUGCCGCCGUUCUUCUCUCCUAACGAUCCCCGGCUGACGAUAUGGCCUCCGACGGCGUGGACGAGCGAUCCCCACUGUUGUCGACCCCCAACUCCGACGUGACUGUCAACGCACCCCCAUACCCGCAGGAUUCCAGUCCCAGAGCUGAACUACCUCCUCCUUACACAGCCAUCGCCAGCCCGGAUGCCGGCGGUGUGCCUGUCAUCACCUGUCGCGUCUGCCAGUCGCUCAUCAACCUGGACGGCAAACUGCAUCAGCAUGUGGUCAAGUGCACUGUCUGCAAUGAAGCCACACCUAUAAAGAACCCGCCCACUGGGAAGAAGUAUGUGAGGUGCCCCUGCAACUGCCUGCUCAUCUGCAAAGACACAUCCAGGAGGAUAGGAUGUCCCCGGCCAAACUGCAGACGCAUCAUCAACCUGAGCCCCGUGAUGGUGAUCCCAGAGGAGCAGCCCGCCCAGCCGGCGCUCCCCAUCCAGCUUGAGGGGAUGAGGGUGGUCUGUGGUCACUGCGGCAACACGUUCUUGGGCAGCGAUGACAGCAGAUCGCAGCCGAUGAUCGGCCGCUGGAGUGACGGCUCCGCUCCGGCACAACAGUGGAUGGAGCUUCGAUUUAACACGCUAGCCAAGUGUCCCCACUGCAAAAAAAUCUCGUCUGUGGGAAGUGCGCUCCCUAGGAGGCGCUGCUGUGCUUAUAUAACUGUAGGCUUGAUUUGCAUUUUCAUUGGCGUGGGUCUGACAGUUGGCACACGGGACUUUGCCAACCGCUACAACGCCACCUACGUGUCGUGGGCCUUGGCCUACCUGCUGGGCCUCAUCUGUCUGAUACGAGCCUGUUACUGGGGGGUGAUAAAAGUCAGCUACCCCGAAAACAGCUUUGCCUAGAGGAGACCAGAACUCCAUCUGUAGUUUGUCUGCAUCUUGCUGGCAAGUCAUGUUCAGCAGCAAGGAAGCCUGCGUGUUUGUGAGUGCGUGCGUGUCAUGAAAACGUAAUCUAUCUUUGAGUUGUUCGAACACAUCAGGGUUGAUCUAUGACAAGUGAGCGUUUGGCCUCGAAUCGAAGUGAUGACAAACUUUGUAAUGCCGUGAUUCCUUUCAGGUUUUGAGGCAUCAUGAUCAUAAUGGUGGGAAGUGUGAGCAGAAAUGCAUAUCAAAACCUGCCUUCAUUUCUCUAUAUUUAGAAUGAUAGUUUUGAAAUUGUCUCCAGUAUUAAAUGUGUUGCUAGUAUGUGACGCAACAGCCCCUUUUCAUAUGCUGGCGAGUCUGUUAUACAGCUAUAUACCGUCUCCUCCCGUGUGCAGACUGACUGGGUUUUUUGAACAACAUCAGUCCAUUUAAGAGAUAACUGGUACCAACAGUUUUACCAAGAUCCUCAUUACGCAAGUUAUGGACGGAGAAUGAACGCAACUGACCAGCGCCACAUUUGAAUGUUAGCGUUCUGCUUCAUCUGUGCAAGAAGAAGGUUAGGUCAUCUCUGGGUCAUCAUCUCCAUCUGUAGUUUAUAUCGUCUUUUUUACCACCCGUAAGUCAAUACGGGAUCAUAACACGUCCUUCUGAUAUGUUUUCCUGAUGUUAGACAAGAUAUUAUACACGAAAGCAAAUUGGGUUCGACACCGAACAACAUAAAUCUUAUUGUCCUUAAAUGUGUCUGGCAAACGUCGGGAUAUGGGGAAAAUGCUUGAAACCUGACGCUGCAGGAAAUGAAGAGAGCUCAGUGUCUCAUCUUGUGCCAUUCAUUUGCAGUCAAAAAAGUCCCUGGACGAUCUGUACAUAUGCCAGAGUUCGAAGUGAGACUCACAAUCUGGGACCAAAUCAGAGAUUGCAAGUGAUUUGUCCAACCACAUGAUGUGUGCGUUUCUUCCCAAGGUCCUUUGAAAAGCAGUUUAUGUUAAGAUGUGCUUAACGGAAACGUUUCCUUGGCUGAUUGCACUUUGAUGAUAUGCAAUACUUGUUUUUUUUUUGCUGCUAGUUUGAACCUCAGACUGCUUUCAGAACAUGCUGAUGUCAACAUGCACAUGUAUGUCCAUAUUGUACUGGGGGGGGUGAAUCCUGGAGCUGGUGAUGCUGCGAGCCUGUGCCAACUUUGGGAAGGAGUUGUUCUACUGAUUCAUGUUUGUCAAUACCGAGUAACAGCGAUAUGGUGCCUCUUUUAUUUCAUCAUUUCAGUGCAGAAAGAGGGUACAUUGUUCAAUGAAAAAAACAUCUAGUGCACACUGAGCAGAGAGCCUAGCGUCAAAUGUCCUGGUGGUGGCUCAGCUGCCAGUGCCACUUGUUAUUUGCCUGUUAUACAGUAUAUUUUGAUCAGCACCACCGAGCCCGAGGGAAACAUAUUCCAUGCUGAAGAGAGUCAACAAUAUCAAGGCCAACAGCUGACAGAUGAGGCAUAAGAGGAAUCUUAUGUCAAACUCAGACAGAGCAGGCAAAACAGAAACGGCUGCUGAAGAAUAUGUACCCAGUGACUAUUGGGAAUCUCGCGUCAGAUCAGGAAUUCAAAUUUGAUUUGGACAUUUGACUGUGCGUUAUGAGACUUUGCCGUCCAGAUGUAGCCUAUGGGCCUUAUACAUUUUAACCCAUUCUCAGUUCAUUUUAGCAGCUGGCUAGCAGCUGCCCAGGGAAUGGGAUGACAAGGAGUAACUGGUGAACCUGCAAAGGAAGGAUCAAGUUGAGAUGUUUACAUGGCAGUAAAUUCAGCCAUCUGUUGUGAAACACUUUCCAUCCAAUUUUUUUUUAUCAAAGUAUAAAGACGGUGUGGCGUAAAACCUCUCCUGUUUCCCACGCUGUCUUAACUUUUAAGUAAUAAUGAAGUAAUUUCUUCAGUCUGGAUAAUGUUUGUCCAGUCUGCUGUUUUUAUCAACUGGUCUGGGAGGCGCUACCGUCGAUCUUCAUCAGAUAACAUGGAUGUUUAGAACGCUCGUCGUCACCUGCCUGUUAGAAUGUAAUCCUUACUCGGCUCCCAUCGCUCUUGUCUGACCUCCAUGGGACUCACUUGCCAUGAGCUGAGCCAGAGGGCACUCAGACGCCUGACUCUGACUUUGUUACGAAUGUGAUGAUGAUGAUGAUGAUGAUGAUGAUACUGUCUGUACAUAGUUUAAAUCCAAGAAUGAGUACUGUAGUGUGAUGAGGAUGGUGAACAGUUGCUCUUUUUCAGAUAAUAAUUUAUCAAUAAAAUAAGAAACCUGAUGCCGUGCUUGUUUU